UCGUAUCUCCGAGCUAACACCAACGAUGGCUGCAUCGUCAGCAUCGUCAGCAGCCUCGCCGGUGUUGCUCCGGAGACCGAACGGUCGCCCCGUGGCCUGCGACAACUGCCGGUCGCGCAAGGUCGCCUGUGACCACCGACAUCCGGUGUGCAGGCGCUGCGCGGACAGAGGCCAGGAGGCCGAGUGCGUCUACACGUAUUCCGCACCUCGCGAGGCCGGGCCCUCGGCUGGGGUGGUGACGACGAGCCAGCGCGAUGCUGGGGCUGCAGCUCCGAGGACGGCCGGGAUGGGGCCGAUGGCUCGGCUGGGGGCUGCUGCCGGGGAGCACAGCAGGUCACUCCGCCGUGCAGAGGUUCGGCGUCAGGCCAGCGUUGGGAUUCACGAUGGCCGAGCUGCUCAAGGUUACUCUUUUGCGUCAUCGUCGUCGCCGUUGGAUCCUUCACAACGGGGCCGUGACGUUGUCGCUUCGGCUACGACGACCCCUGGGGGGCAUCUUCCUUCGGAGAGGGCGUCGAGUCCCCUGCACCAGGCCCCGGGCUACUUGGGCUUCACCAGCUACUCGUCCGUCUUUGAAGAGACGAAGAACAGCCUGUCCAUGCUUCAGGGGUUCCACGCCUGGUUGCCGCAGCCGAUCAACGACAGGCUACGACAGGACACCGGUGAGCUCUCCAGAUGCCUCUGCUCGCCGACGAGGGAGAUGUGCCUCGUGGUGCUCCGGGGCAUCCCUGCGCCGAACACGGGCUACAUUGAGCCUAUCCAGGAGUCUCCCUUCUAUCGAGAUGGCUGGCAGAGGGUCAUGGCUCGGCGCGUGCUGGCCGACUUACAUGAAAGGUUUGGGUCACAUCUGGGGCCUUGCCGCGUGGACUCGCAGCUGGAAGAGAUUGCGCUGUGUUUGAGCGAUAACACUACCAGGCCUUUCCAUGAACUGGAGCCCGAUCCUGAGAAAUGGAUUGGCCAGUUUACCGGGCCGAAUCUGAGGUGGGAAUCUCUCGGAUUCGUGUUCAGCUACAACGACCUGGUCUUUCCAGAGGGCGACCCGGCUCACGGCGGGCUCGACAGCAAGACCGCCCAGAAGGAAUGGACCGAGAUCUCGCGCGUCUGUCUUGGCCUCUGCAUGGAUCUGAGCAGGCGGUUCGCUUCAGCAAACGGCCUUCUGGCCCAGCUCUCUCACCGGCGAGCGACGCUGGAGUCCAUACAUGCUGGGGAUGCCAGCUAUUCCGCAUGGAGGAGCACAGCAGAGGCGGUGGCCCUGGUGACCUUCCUUGGUAUGCAUGCCGAAUCGAAUGUUCCCUCGUAUGAGCCGACGCUGGCGUCCGAGUCGAGGCGGCGCCUUUUCGCGCAGCUGUUUGUAGGAGAAAAGGACGGCGUCUUGUUCACGGGGCGGCCGCCUCGGCUCUCGCACCGAUAUGCCUUUACGCCGCUUCCCCUGGACCUGAGGGACGAGGAUCUGCUCGUGGGCGGAGAGGCUCUCAAGCGGGCUGUGCAGGGGCUGGACGAGAACGGGUGGAACACGAGCGGCAAGAUAUACUCUGCGACGGUGACGCGGGCGAGAUGCAUUGUUGCACUGAUACGGGAUGAGCUGGUCGAGAUUGGCAUUGGCAAGCCGAGGCAGAAGGUUGCCAGCGCUCUCCUCCGAGAUCUCAAGGAGCGGCAGAUUGAGGCUGUCAAAGAGUUCCCCCCGUCGCUCGCCUACAAUCCCGCUGACAUCGCCGACCCAGACGCCAACGUCAACUUGAUCUUUGCGCGGAUCCUGCUGCAGCUCGAGCAGCUACAGAACUUGUUCCUGGUGGAGAGGCUGCUGCUGAAGCAUGGGGAGCUGGACGAGGGCGGCAUACUGCUGAUUGCCUUUCAACUCGUCUCGUUGACGUUGCUGUUUUGGACGCACAAGGAUCGGUUUGCGCCUUUUCGGAACGACUUUGAGUGGCUCGUCAUGGCUUUCGCAACGCCCAGCGGCGGGAUCCUCUGCAUGGAACUCCUCAAUCCGACCUUCAAGGGAAACCACCCCAAGGACGCCUCCAUCACGCGAUCCAACAUCAUCCAGCAGCUCAGCCUGCUCAUCGGGUUCCUCGAGUGGAUCGAUCCGUCCAGGCCCAACGGCGACAUGUGCAUGACGGCGAGCGCGGUCAUGAGGCGCGUGCUGGACCAUGUGCUCAACUACACGGCGGCGAGUGAGAAUCUGAGCUGGCGGCCGGAGGAGCUGGAUGAUGUGCAGCUUGAUUUCAGCUUUGAGCUGUUUGAUACGUUUGAUUGGAUGAAGUAUGAUGGGGUUGCAAAUCAGGGGAUGGAGAGCUGA